UUCCAGGAUCGUCGGACUCGGUUAUAAAAUAUUUCAGGGCGAACAAAGGAUCGGCGGGAGCCCGGGCCCGAGAUGAGUCUGGAGUCGUUGUUUCAGCACAUCAUCUUCUCCGAGCAUCGGGCCGAGGAGGGUCGCCGCCUGAUGCGCGGAGUGAGGUCGGAAAUUAACAGAUGUCGUGAAAGAAUUAAGAAAGCAACAGAGGAGCUGAACGAAGAGAACGUCAAGUUGGAAUCUAAGGUUCAGGAGUUUUCUGAAAAAUCCUUCUUCUUACAGCUUUUGAAAACUCAUGAAAAUGCCUUAGAAAGACAGUGCAGUGAAAUUACAAACCAAAGGAUUAUGCUUCUCCAAACAUUUGAGGCUACAAAGAAAAAAAUAACAGAGGAGAAGGAAAAAUUUAUUAGGGAAGUUACAGACUUCAAUAAUGAGUAUGAAAUAACAAAGAAAAGAGAGCUUUUGAUGAAAGAAAAUGUCAAGAUUGAAAUAUCUGACUUAGAAAACCAGGCAGACAUUUUAAAAAGGGAAAUGAAGUCAAUGGAACAAGAUAGUGUCCAGUUAAAUGAACUUCAAAAACAAAAGAGUGAAUUAAUACAAGAAUUAUUUACUCUGCAGAGGAAACUUAAAGUUUUUGAAGAUAAAAGGAAUGAAGCCAUUUGUACUACCAAAUACCUAGAGGCAGAAAAAGUAAAAAUCAAGGAAAAGCCUCAAAAUGAUGCUGAAAGCCUAAGACUUAAAAGAGAAUUAGAACUUUAUAAGGAAGAUGACAUGCAAAGUGUUUAUGAAGCUCUCCAAACAGAAAUAGAAUUUUUGGAGUUGACAUUGGCACAGAAAGAUCUUCAGGAGAACAAAUAACUUGUGGAGAAUUGAUUAGCUAUCUAAGAUUUGAUCAAAGCAUCUUAGAAUCAAAUCUUUAUGAUAGAUACGUGAAUGAUACCCAUUACAACAGAUUCUUGUGAAAAAUGUGAGGUCCAGAAUGUUGAAAGUUGUUAAUACCUAGAAUUGGUUUAUUAGCACUUUUAAAAAAUAGUUUUUUGUUUUGUUACUUGCUUGAACUUUAAGGGUUCUUUUGUGGUUUGAUUUGCUUUCUAAAGGAGGAAAAAGAAGUAGAUACCGUGUUCUCAGGCUUCUCAUGUCGCCCUGACCCUUAAGCUGAUCUAUACGUUCUGAUGUUGUUCAUUCUCUCUCUGUUGCAGCUUACCCCAGGUCCAAUCAAACACGCAUAGGAAGAAAUGCUCAGAUUAUUGACCCAGUUUUGUUGGUGUCAUUUCCACCAUCAAAGUUGCUUGCUUUCGUUUUAAUCCUUCUCUAACCAUAAGAUGUCUAUUGACAGAGGUCCUCUGAGGUUUUCAUUUGCAAAAGCCAGUUUUCUCCACUUUUCUAUAGCUCUGUCUGUUGAGUUAAGUCUGGGGCAUCUGCAGCCAUUUUCCAGCAGUUUGUGCCCGCCAGUUUUUUUCCUAAUGCUGGUGUUGGAUAGCAAGAAAUAAGUCAUCUGCUUGGGGAGGUACAUAAUCUCCUUACAGCCAUUAGGAGUCAUUUUCGCUGGUGAUCUGAAACAUUGCAACUGAAAACAGUGUACUUAUGUUUAGAUCAAACUUGGUAUUGCUACCAAAUUUCCAGCAUCACAUCA